GUUACCGAAAACUGAAUUCAGUUCUUCAAAAAACAGACCAUAUUAUUACACUUGUUUUCUGUACAUGGUAUUACUUUUGCAAGGGAGAUUUUCUAAUUUGAUACAGAGCAAUCACACUGAAAAUACUGUGUAAGAAAUACUGGAGGAUGCUUCUCAUUUAGCCAGCACAGUUUGCUUGGUAAUCUAAAGGCAGAAUACCUAAACUAGCCAGAAGUAUUUGCAAAGCUGAGAGAUGCUGCGCUGUUUCCAGUCAUCACCCAACCUGGAAAUGGUGACCUGACUGUAAGCAGUCUUGCAAUUCUCAAAAAAACAAGCGAAACAAACUCCAGCCAUCAACCCAGUGAGCCAGGAUUAGGCACCAGUAGAAGACAGGGAUUUCUGAUUGUAUCCUGUCUCGCCAAAGACUCACCACUGCCCCUGCACAAACCUACAUUGCAUUAGGGCAAUGCCCAACAUCAGCACAUUACAAUCGUGCCUACAAAGAUGUGCACACGGUGGUUCUACACUGGAACAGCAUCCUGGCUGUGAGGUAUCCCUGUGUGUAUAUAGAAAAAGCCAGACCUAACAUUGUAUUGUGAAGGAUCACACUGUACCAGGAACACAUCCUACUUAUUAGCUAUGAACUACCCACCUGAUUGCUAGUAGCUAAAGAAUAGUGACAUGAAAAGCAGAGCAGGGAAAAUCUCCCCCUUUCCCUUCAAUGUCUCUAGGAUUGUUUUACCCUUGUCUUGCAAUUCACAGUUGUCUCAGCAAAGAAAUGAAACAGGCCCUUCUUGAACAGACAAAGUGCAAUUGAUUAUGUGAAGUUGAACUGACUGAGAAGUGGUGAACAUGAGGGUGCUUUCCCUAAAAAAUGUACUGGGAUUGGGUCAAUAUGCCUUGGGUGGGCGGUGAAGCCAAAUUGCAGAGAAACCCAGAAGCUGCAGCAGACCCAAGGGAGCAUUCGAAGCUCUGCAGUGGCAAAAGGCUGGCUUGGCUCUGCUCAGCAGUGGCCCAGUUGACUCCACAGAGGUUUGGGUUUUGGCAAGUUAGGAAAUGCCUUGCUGAAGUGGACUAUGUCUGGAGCAAGCACUGGUGUGAGAAGCAGAUGCAUUUGCAAUACAUAUCUGGAUACCUGUGGCUAUAAGAGUAGGAAAUCAUCCGGGUGUCAGCGUAGAAAACACUGCUGGUAUUUUAACACGUACGUUGUACUGAAUCCCCGUCCCGCUGUCCCUGUAAACACCAUUGUGUUUUUCAUCUGCCACAUUUGCAGCAGCAGCAGCACGGAGAUUUCCCCUGCAAUGGGACUGCUGACCCAGCAGCCGCCGGACAAUGUGGCGGGUGCUCCCAGGCAGCACAAAGCCCCCCUUCCAGAAAGCCGUCGCACAAAGCCGAAAUCCCUCCGAGCCCCAACCUGCUGGGCUCGGCACAUCCCUGCCGCCAGAGCGGGGCCAGGCGGCCGGGCUGAGCGGCGGUGCUCGGCAGGCUGGAGCGACAACAUGCCCUUGCCGAGGCGCCGGUCGUCCUUCCUGGGGCAGCAGCCCUCUACCUCCACGGCGGAGAGCUCGGGGCCGCCCGGCCGCCGGGUGAGCGUCGGAGGUGGAGGGAGCCUGUCCAGACCCCCCGGCGUCUACGUGGGCACCGUCCCCACCGGCGGCGUGAGCAGCCUGGGCACCCGAGUGUCCCGUAGAGCCCUGGGCAUCAGCAGCGUCUUCCUCCAGGGUCUCCGCAGCUCCGCCGCCGCCGUGCCCCUGGCCCCGGGGCUGGAUAAGGGCAGGGGUCUCUCCUACGAAAGCCUGAAUGGCUGCUUGGUGGAGUACAUCGAGAAGGUGCGAGCUCUCGAGCAGGUCAACCAGGAGCUGGAGGAGCACAUCAGAGUCUACCUGGACAAGAAGGCGGCCAGCGUGGGCAGCUGGGGAGCGCUGCGGGAGAACUGGGAGGCGAUUUACCACCAGGUGGGUGAAGCAGUCCUUGAAAAUGCUCGUCUUAUGCUGCACACCGAGAAUAUUCAAGCCUGUGCUGAAGACUUUAAAGACAGGUAUGAAAAUGAGCAGCCAUUCAGAAAGGCAGUGGAAGAUGAAAUUAAUUCCCUAUAUAAAGUGAUUGAUGAUGCUAAUUUAACUAAAAUGGAUCUGGAGAGUCAGAUAGAAAGCAUGAAGGAAGAACUAACUUUGCUGUCAAAGAAUCAUGAAGAAGAUGUGAAGGUAUUAUACAAGCAGCUUGCUGGAUCUCAGCUGGAAGAACUUGAUGUUCCCCUGGGAAGUGGUUUGGAUGACAUUCUGGAAAAAAUCAGAAUCCACUGGGAGAGAGACAUUGAAAAGAAUCGUGCUGAGACAGGUGCCCUGCUCCGUACCAAGCAACAGGCUGAGACAACGACUGCCGUGCGAACCCAGGAGGAAGAGCUGGUGGAGGGCCUCAGAACCGAGUUUCACGAAACUGCCUGCAAAAUACAGAGCCUGCAAGCAGAAACUGAAUCUUUGAGAACCUUGAAGAGGGGUCUAGAGAAUUCUUUAUAUGACGCCAAGCACUGGCACGACAUCGAACUGCAGAACCUAGGCUCUGUCAUUUCCAAGCUGGAGGCAGAGAUGGGAGAAAUCAAAGUAGAAACCGAGCAGCAGCAGAGGGAUCGUGAAAAUCUGCUGACUAGCAAACAACAGCUGGAGAAAGACAUUGCUGCAUAUCAUUGCCUCCUGGAUGGAGAGCAAAGCAGCUGAUUAUGAAACUUCCAGCCCACAGAAGACCAUUGCCAUUAAAGCAAAAGAUGUCACUGCCAAUUAUGUUCGUGGAAGCUAAAAACCCAUCAAAGCAGCCUGCUUUAUUCAGUUUGAUUCAACAAUCAAAGUAGGUUGUAGCUUGAACAACUUUAUUAGACCCUCUUCAUGUAAUUGCUUUGCUUACAGAUUUCAAUUUACUCAUGUUGUUAAAAUUAUAAUAAAAAUAAAGAAUAUCAGGCUUUAGUUU